CCACGAAUGCGCUCAAACACCGGGUUUCUGGAUGCCGUCACCUUGCUGGCAGUGAAGCAGAGAGGAUCAAGCUGCUGCAGCCCGAAGAGGGCCAUGAAGAGAUGAUUCGCGGUCAGGUGUUUGAAGAGGGUGGCAGCGCUAUUGGUUUCGGCCUUCUUGCUGGGCCGGAUAUCCUGCUCACGGCGGCACACGUGGCGCCGACCGCUGCCACGGUCAAGCUCGGUCAAGAGAAAGUCCGCGUCGAUGGGUGCUAUGUGAUGCCCGAGUACAUCCGCCACGGCCACCCCGACGUCGCCCUUCUCACUCUGACGACGCGAGUGGCAUCCUUCGCCGGCCCGAUCCCCAUCGCGACUCACCUCCGACCUCGCCACCUCCUCAUGUGUGACACCACUCUUCACAACCGCUACUUCGGAGGGAGCGUCGUCAAGGUGCAUACGGUGACAAUCGGCGGCACGACGACAGAGGGCGGCACGACGAUGCCCGUGUGGCUGCAAGUGCAAGGGACUAGCCCCCAAGAGGGUGACUCGGGCAGCGACCUGGCGCUUCCGUGCGGCAAAACGGCAGCGGUCGUUCACGGACUGUCGCCACACCGUGGGCAGGGUCGCCACGCCAGUCGACCGCGCAGGGAGCAUCCCUACCCGUUCUUAUACGCCUGCCCGCUCGACUGCUUGAGGCAGCCAGCGUUGUUUCAUCGGAUCCCCAAGGAUCACCUGCCUCUUCUCAGCGCACUCGAGACCCUUCCGCCCACCUUCUUCGAGAGCCGCUGCGAGAAGAUGAGCAUCGAACGGUGGCUGCAGAUGGUGAAAUACGUGCCUCCCGCGGACAUAGAUGUACGGCUUACUCGUACACUGCCUGAACAAGUGUGGGAUUGUUCAUCACAAUAUGACGAUUUUGUUGGUGCAGACGAGUAAAUUGCUCUCGGCCCCAACAACCAUGCGGAUAAGCACACCACCUCGGCGGACCAGGCGUAGCGAGAAUGCGAGGGGCAGCUCUGAAACCGGUGAUGAACAGGGCAACAAGCCAGAGGUGCGAAAAGAAAUAUCAAACGGAUACGAAUGCAAUCCUGGGUAGACAUGUGUGUGUGUGUGUGUGUGUGUGAUGCAAAGACUGGUGGUGGUGGCUGGCUCUGCGGGUUCGGAGCUGCGUUGAGGAGCAGUGAGCCCGAUUUGCGGACUGCCGUGACGGACGCUUUUAGCGAGAUGAACGACCGAUUUGGCAUGCUGGUCACCGAGGUCAACGACCGAUUUGGCAUGCUGGCCACCGAGAUCAACGACCGAUUCGACAAGCAGUAUGAGCUGUUCGCUGGCUUCCCGGAUCCCGAGCGCCCGCCAUCAGUACUGCACUGGGAGCCAUUCAAGACCGAAGCAAAGAAGAUGCUCCAUGUGGCGGACGCGGCGUUUGACAACUUACGCCUUGGCGCCCUCUUGGAUCGUGUUGCAGCCGUCGUCCAAGAGGGGCAGGCUUUGACACAGGAACAGGUAUUUAUGCAGAAUACAAGUCAGGCGCGGACAUGCACUCGCACUUAGACAGGCCAACGGUGAAGGCGGUGUGGUCGCUGGAUGCGUGCCUUUUUGCAGCUGUCUGCGUUGAACCUCACUGAGGCUCCUUCUUCUUCCCUGGGGUGUAUAGCAUAGGUGCGGCACACGGAGAUUGAGCGGUGGCCUUUCUAC